UAAACAUUCAGUUCUGUCCCAGGAAGCGGGUGGUUGGUUUUUGGUACACUUGGCGUUGCUACACUUGGCUGGCUGCCUGACUUCCUCGCAAGGACUCUGAAAUCACAAUGAGUCGAUUCCUAUCCGCUCCAUACAAGCUCACCAUUCUGGCCUCCUUGCUGAGGUGCAUCUCAAACGAAUGUCUGAUGUACGACCACACCAACUUCGACGAGAUCCUGGGGACCAGCAAAUUCGUCAACAUGUUGUACAAGGACAUAUCCGCAGACUACAAAGUAGGGGAGCCCCCUCACGGGAAGGAAAUAGGAGGGGCUUUCCUUCUGGGAUGGCCAGAGGACACCGAGAUGAAAAAGAUCUCGGUGACGAAGCCCACCAACAUCAACAUCUCGGCGUCCUUCUGGUGCCAUUCUAAAGAGACGACUCUCUAUUUGUACAGCGACUGCAACUGGUCAUACCACGACUUCUGUACCAAGAAUGGAAAAGGGUGGCAUGAAGACUUUUGGUACGAGGAAUGUGCUUCGUCCACGCCGGACAAGAAUUAUUUCAUAAUUCGGGGAAACACCAAACAGAAGCAGCAAGCUGUCGGCUACGAGUAUCUGUACAUCUGUACAGAUGGCUCUACUGUCCCUCCGAAGUCGACAACCACAGAAAUAACUACAAGCACUUCGUAUACAACCACCACGCCUAAAUCUCCGACAACUUCAUCAACAACUACUCUAACAACAGUUGCUGCUGAUUCUACAACUACGGGAAGUACUACGUCUUCCACAACCUUUUCAACAACAACAACAGAUGCUUCAGAUUCUACAACUACGGGAAGUACUACAGCUUUUACAACUUCGUCUUCAGAAUCUACAGCAGUUGAUUCAGAUUCUACUUCUACUACAGCUACUUCUGACGAAUCACACGAAAGCACAACACCGACCGCUGCAACAACCGGUACUACAGCUACAGCAGAGAGCGUAACAACUUCAUCAGUAACCAGUACGUCACAUAACCCAACAACAUCCGAGGGCUCCACGACAGAGGCACCAACUCCCGACGGCGGUUGCGGAGAACCGGAUUGCAUUCUAGGCCUAACCGUCACCCAGUUCGAAAUCGUGGUGGUUUCUUCGGUGAUCGUUUUCCUCAUUCUGGUCACCAUGAUCCUCGUGCCACUAUUCAAACGACAGAGGACAUAUGUUACGUUUAUCAAAGAAGCACGUCCGUAUUCUGUUCGUCGGGGGAGGAGGAGAAUCCCUGGGCCAAACGUCCCGUCUCGAUCGUUAUCCGAGAGAAGAAGACCCGGGAAUGUAAACAGAGACAGCGGAGUUCGCAUCCCCAGAGUGAUGUCGUACGCUCCUUAAAAGUUAUCGUGCAUUGUUGAUAAUAAUCAAUACUGUGGCUU